AUGGACACAAGUUUUAACCCAACGAAUCUCUUUAUUAAUUUGUUUUCUUCUACUACUUGUAAUGGCUCAUUCAAUGUUUCUUUGAAUGUUGUGAAUGAAUCAAAUGGUAGUGAUGGUUUGGAUUUGAGUGAGGUUCCUUACUCAUUAUUGGAGGACGACCCAGAAGAAGAUUUUCUAUUCAUCUGUAAAGAUGAUUCGAAUGUAGAAGAAACUGAUUCAAACAAAGAAGAGAAGAAUUUAGAGCAAGAUGUUGAUGCCAAUAAUACAGAGAACCAAGAAAACAAAUCAACAAAUCCAGAUGUUCACCAUCCUCAUUUAUGA